UGGUCGAUUUUGGAAAAAUAAAGGAAGGAAGUGACGUCCGAGUGCAUAAAAACAUCAGUCCGGUUGAAAUAAUGGCCAUUUUUCACUUCUGCAGAGCUGUCAUCACCAACAGUUGCUUCUCCACUAAAAACUCAGUCGGGUUGAGAUAAUGGGUAUCUUUCAAAAAGUGGUUAUUCUACUACUGAGCCAACUCCCUUUAUUAAGAGGAAGAAUCCCCCUGUUUUUUCCAUGUGACAACAAUGAAAAAGGUACUGAGGUAUACUGCACACACAGGCCGCUCGAUGACAUCCCUUUUUUUACUUCAGUGAAUGUAACGUUUCUCGACCUAAGUCACACCAAGAUACGGGAAGUUGGACAGCAUCAAUUCUCUGGCAUUCCAAAUCUUAUCACUCUGAAUAUGACGGGGAAUUGUGAUCCCAAUAUCAUUCGAAAAAUUAACAACCUUCCCUGUGGAGUCAGAGUACACGAGGAUGCCUUCAGGAGUCUGCACAACCUCACUUAUCUACAUCUGGCAGGAAACAGCCUUACCAUGUUACCCUGGUUACCGGAAAGCAUUAAGGUCCUGGAUCUUGAGAGCAACUGCAUUUUCAACAUCAUCAUCCCUUUUGGAACUCCACAUCUAGAGAAGCUCUUCCUCACAAUGAACUGUUAUAAUGAAAACCCUUGCCACCAGUCAUUUUACAUCCAUGAGGAUGUUUACAAGGAGCUAUCACAUCUGAAAAAUCUAACCCUGGGAUACAACAAUUUAACAUCAAUACCACUAGGAUUGCCAGCUUCACUUAUGACACUGGACUUGAAAGAGAAUACAAUAACUGAGAUUCCAGAAGGGGCAUUUGCUAAUUUUUCUAACCUGGAGAAUCUAAAUCUGGAAUGGAAUUGUCAGCGUUGUGACCAUGCAGCCCGCCCUUGUUUUCCUUGCCCUAACAAUGCCUCCCUACAGCUUCACCCUAAAUCAUUCAAUAUUAAAAACAGCUCCAUUCGUUUUCUGAGCUUGAGGGGAAACUCUUUGAACAGUAUACCAAAAGGUAUUUUUCUCCCUUUGACAAAUUUGAGGAGGUUGGAUCUCUCUGACAACUACCUGGCCUACACCAUCCGUAAUGGUACCUUCUUUACAGAGCUAAAGCAGUUAACGUGGAUCAGCCUCAUCUAUAACUAUCAGCCUUAUAAGACAUUCCAUGAGCUGAUCCUUUCAGAACAUCUGGGAAAUGUCUCAAAUCUCGAAACCCUUCUGUUAAGCGGGAACUUUUUCCACACUGUUUCAGAACAAAGCCUUGUGGUUCUGUCCAGACUAAAACAACUUAAGAUGCUGGAGUUGCGCAUGAAUUUCAUCAGUUAUUUCAACAUGACCACUGUGGGAAUGUUAACUUCUCUCAACAAAUUAGUCCUCUCCCAGAACGCACUGAGUUAUAACCCUUGCAAUGUCUCAUCUGGGAACUCUUUAGAUCAAGGCUCACAGGAUCCAAAUGUUUUCAAAUAUUUUUCUGAUCCAUUCAUGCCACCAAUAACAGCACAUGUAUAUCAAACUGUGCCUGAAAGUGACAUGUGUAUAACUAACAAUAUAAUGUUUGGAAUGUCAAAUUUCACUCAGAGAUUUUGCGGGAAUAAUUUGACAAUUGAUCUUUCCCAAAAUAAUCUUAUGUUCCUUCAUGAACAUGUUUUCGAUGGAAUGGAAAAUGUCUUGUGUUUAAACCUUUCUUACAAUUACGCAAGCCAGGCUUUAGAAGGUGGCCUUUUCAGUCGCUUGAAAAGCUUAGUUUACUUAGAUAUGUCAUUCAAUAGAAUUGACCUAUAUUAUAAAGAGGCAUUCAGUGAGUUGAACAGGUCUUUGAAGGUACUGGACCUCAGUCAUAAUGAGUAUCACUUUCGCAUGAAUGGAAUGGGUCAUCGUCUUGAGUUCAUUGAAAACCUCAUUAAUCUGGAAGUUUUGAAUCUUGCAAAUAAUGGCAUGGGUAUGCGAAUAGAUCCGAGACUGAGGAGCAACUCUGUGAAGUAUAUGUACUUUUCUGGGAAUCGCCUAGAUAUAAUGUGGGAUAUAGAGGGCCAGACCUACAUUAAUUUCUUUCAGGAACUCAAGGAAUUAAUCUACUUGGACAUCUCUCAGAACAUGCUACGUUCAUUCGAACAACGGAUCCUCUUUAAUCUACCAGUGAGCAUUCAAGCCCUCAGCCUUAGCAAUAAUUACCUUUUAGAUUUUCCAUGGCAGAAUAUCACAUUUUUUAGUAAUCUAACGCAUCUAAGUCUCAGUGGAAAUCACCUUUCAGUUCUGCCUAACAAUGUAACAAAGUUUCCACCACAAUUUUCCCUGUUGGACCUCAGUGGCAAUCAGAUUACCCAUCUUCCAGAUAAGUUCUUUAGCCUAGCUAACGUUUUGCAGUGUCUCUAUCUCAAUCGCAAUUCUCUCAAAGUGUUGAACCUUCAGUCAUUCCCACACCUGCUGAAAAAUGGCACUUCUCAUCAGUUGCUUACCCUGCAUGACAACCCUUUCAUCUGUGACUGUCACAACUCCGGAUUGCAUGAAUUCCUGCGGACCAGCAACACACGUAUUCCUUACCUGACCACUGCUGUUCAAUGUGAAUUCCCAGAGUCCCUGCAGGGUCAAAGUGUGCUGACCGUCGACCAGCGUUCCUGUCAGGAGAUCUAUGGUGGCUUGGGCUUCCUCCUAAGUACACUCUUCACAUGUGCAUUUAUUGCUUUGCCGCUUUUUAGACAUCUUUAUGGCUGGGAUGUGUGGUACUGCCUACAGAUCCUAUGGGCAGGAUGUAAGGGCUACUUGCAUCCUUCUGCCAGUUGCUCGCCAAAACACUAUGAUGCUUUCAUGGUGUUUGACACAAACAACCAGGCUGUGAGAGACUGGGUUUACAAUGAGUUGGUUAUCCGUUUGGAGAGCUCAGGCCACAGAAGAUUCUCUCUCUGUUUAGAGGAGAGGGACUGGAUUCCUGGGCUUUCCUGCAUUGAAAACCUCCACUAUGCUGUCCAUAGCAGCGAGAAGACAGUGUUUGUGCUGUCCAACUGCACAAGAAAUGACGCUGGUGAGGCAACGGUCAACGGUGUGAUACAGCAGACCUUUUUCAUGGUUCAGCAGAGGCUUCUUGAUGAGAAGGUGGACGUAGCCGUUGUCAUACUGCUGGACAAGAUGUUUCCCAAGCUGAAGUACCUCCAACUAAGGACAAGGUUGUGCAGGAAGUCAGUGAUGUCCUGGCCUAGAAACCCAAAGGCCCAACCCCUAUUCUGGAACCAAAUCAGGACAGCACUGUCAUCAGACAAUCUUCAAAUAUAUGACAACAACUUUAGUGAGGGUUUCAUAUAAAUUCCACUCGUUAUACAAAGUAACAAUGUAAUAACUACUGUCUCUCUGAAAAUGUGUGUAAAUAGGCUGAAAUGCUUUUCAAAGAAGACCACCGCUAUUCAACAAUUGAUGCGAUUCUUGUGAGAUGUUAAAUAAAGCAUAAGUAAAGGUUUUAUAUAAUUGUUCCUGUUCAUUUGCAUCCCUGAUCAUGUAGCGUUUUAAUUUAAGAACAGAAAACUGAUUUUGGACAAUGUACUGGAUAUGCUGCCAUUUAGAUUAAUCAAACCAUCAUGAAACUCAUGAUAUGUAUACAAUUCAAUGAUUUUAAACGUUGAAAUGCCUUUGUGGAUCUAGAGAAGGGAUUAAAGCCUACUGCUGUACUCAA